CAUCCACAAAGUCGCCAACUCCGAUCCGGUCCAGUCCAGUGCCAGCAGCCCAGGCGCCACUAUCUCGAGCACGCGGUCGCAUCCUCUUGUGCAUAAUGUCUCUUGCAGCUUCGAUUGCAUCACGGCAACGCUCAUUGUUGCUUUGCUCGUCAUCUUCAGCCUCGUGCAUGUUGAGAGCUUCCACACGGAUUGCCUCGACUUCAGUAAACCUGGCCCGCGCAGCUGCACGCCCCAUCUCGACUUCGGGUACUCGCGCCUAUCCAGCAGCGGCCUCUCGACCCACCAUCGGCAGCAACGUCAACCCCACUGCCGGAACAACUCCUACUUCAUCUCCUUCCAUCACCCCUCCUCGUCGUAAAAACCAUCCCUUGGGGCCAUACGCCAACAUGGCAAACUACAACGGAAGCGCCAAGCUUAUCGAUGGCACGGCCAUCGCAAAGGACAUCCGCGCGUCGCUGGCGACCAAGAUCAGCGCGCUGCACGCGGCCAACCCGACGUUCAAGGCGCCCAAGCUCGUCAUCUUCCAGCUGGGCUCGAACCCCGCGUCGUCGACCUACAUCCGCAUGAAGAACAAGGCCGCCGAGGAGUCGGGCAUGACGGUUGACCACAUCCAGGUGCCUUCCGACUCCGAGUCGGGCGCUUCGGCCGGCUCGGGCGUCGCGCAGAUCCUCGAGCUCGUCCGCAAGGCCAACGACGACUCGAGCGUCGCUGGCAUCCUCGUCCAGCUGCCCCUCGAGGGCGCCAACACGCAGGAGGAGAAGCAGGUCGUCGACUCGAUCGCCGUCUCCAAGGACGUCGACGGCUUCCACCCCGAGAACAUUGGCCUCCUUUCUAGCCGCGUCUCCGAGCCCCACUUUACGCCCUGCACGCCCGCUGGCAUUGUCCGCCUCAUCGACAGCACGGGCUUCAACCUCAAGGGCGCCAACGUUGUGGUGCUCGGCCGCUCGGACAUUGUCGGUACCCCCGUCGUUGCGCUCCUCCGUAAGCGCGACGCGACCGUCACGCAGUGCCACUCGCGCACUGUCGGCAUCGAGAACAUUAUCAAGGGCGCCGACGUUGUCGUUGCCGCCAUCGGCCAGCCCGAGUUCAUCAAGGGCGAGUGGAUCAAGGAGGGCGCGAUUGUCAUCGACGUCGGCACAAACUACAUCCCCGACGCGACCAAGAAGUCUGGCCAGCGCCUUGUUGGUGACGUCGAGUUUGCCGUCGCCCAGAACCGCGCCUCGUACAUCACCCCCGUGCCCGGAGGUGUCGGCCCCAUGACGGUCGCCAUGCUCAUGAACAACACCUUUGUGGCUGCUGAGCGCGAGUGGAAGCUCCACCGCUCGCGCAAGCUCGUCCCCCUCCCGCUCAAGAUCCAGGAGAACGUCCCCUCGGACAUUGAGAUUGCUGUCGCCCAGACCCCCAAGGCUGUUUACGACAUUGCCCGCGAGAUUGGUGUCCAGGGCGACGAGAUUGAGAGCUACGGCAAGUACAAGGCCAAGAUUGAGCUCUCGGUGCUCGACCGUCUUGCCAACCGCCAGGACGGCAAGUACAUUGUUGUCGCUGGUAUCACGCCUACGCCGCUCGGUGAGGGCAAGUCGACGACGACGAUUGGUCUCGCUCAGGCCCUCGGCGCCCACCUCCACAAGACGGCCAUUGCCUGUGUCCGUCAGCCCUCGCAGGGCCCUACCUUUGGUGUCAAGGGUGGCGCUGCCGGUGGUGGCUACUCGCAGGUCAUCCCCAUGACCGAGUUCAACCUCCACCUCACUGGUGACAUCCACGCUGUCACCGCCGCCAACAACCUGCUCGCUGCCGCCAUUGACGCGCGCAUCUUCCACGAGUCGACCCAGUCGGACAAGGCCCUCUUCUCGCGUCUCACCCCCGCCAAGAAGGGUGUCCGCACCUUUGCCAAGCCCAUGCUCAAGCGCCUCGAGAAGCUCGGCAUCACCAAGACCAACCCCGCCGACCUGACCGAGGAGGAGGCUGCCCGCUUCGCCCGUCUUGACAUUGACACGUCGACCAUCACCUGGAACCGUGUCAUUGACACCAACGACCGCUACCUCCGCAAGAUUACCGUUGGCCAGGCCCCCACCGAGAAGGGCUUCACCCGCGAGACGGCGUUUGACAUCGCCGUCGGCUCCGAGGUCAUGGCCGUGCUUGCGCUCGCUACCGACCUCAAGGACCUCCGCGAGCGCCUUGGCCGCAUGGUCGUCGCGUCGUCCAAGAAGGGCGACCCCAUCACCGCCGAGGACAUUGGAUGUGCUGGUGCGAUGGCUGUGCUCAUGAAGGACGCCAUCAAGCCUACUAUCAUGCAGACGCUCGAGGGUACGCCCGUGUUCGUCCACGCUGGCCCCUUCGCCAACAUUGCCCAUGGCAACUCGUCCAUCAUUGCCGACCGCAUUGCCCUCAAGCUUGCCGGUAUCGAGAAGGGUGACGACGAGGAGCGCAACGGCUAUGUUAUCACCGAGGCCGGCUUCGGCGCCGACAUUGGUAUGGAGAAGUUCUGCAACAUCAAGACUCGUGUCUCGGGCCUCAAGCCCAACGCUGUUGUGCUUGUUGCCACUAUCCGCGCCCUCAAGAUGCACGGUGGCGGACCCUCGGUCACGCCCGGCAAGCCCCUCGACGCCGUCUACUCGCAGGAGAACCUCGAGCUGCUCGAGAAGGGCUGCGCCAACCUCGGCAAGCACAUUGAGAACGCCAAGAAGUUUGGCCUCAAGGUCGUCGUUGCCAUCAACAAGUUUGUGCACGACACGCCCGCCGAGAUGGAGCUUGUGCAGAAGUACGCCCUCCAGGCCGGUGCCGACUACGCCGUGCCCGCCAACCACUGGGCCAAGGGUGGUGAGGGCGCCGUCGAGCUCGCCAAGGCUGUCGUCGAGGCGUGCAAGGAAGAGUCGCAGUUCCGCUUCCUUUACGACCUCGAGCUUCCUCUCGAGGAGAAGAUUGCCAUCAUCGCCCGCGAGAUGUACGGCGCCGACGGCAUCGAGCUCUCCCCCGCCGCCAAGGAGGAAAUUGAGCGCUACACGCGCCAGGGCUACUCUGCCCUGCCCAUCUGCAUGGCCAAGACUGCGCUCUCGCUGUCUGACGACCCCAGCAAGAAGGGCGUGCCCAAGGGCUUCACGCUGCCUAUCCGCAACGUGAGGCUCUCGGCCGGCGCGUCGUUUGUCUACCCGCUUGUCGGCGACAUGUCGACCAUGCCUGGUCUGACUACCCGCCCGGGCUUCUACGACAUUGACCUGGACGCGGAGGGAGAGAUUGUGGGUCUGUUCUAAGCGCGAGCACGACCGGAGCGAGUGGGUGGGGGGAGUGAAGGUGGCGGCGCGGUGUGGCGCCAAAAGCAGUGUGCGAGCAGCACUUCAACAACAUACAUCUUGUACCAUUAAUGCAUGCCUCAACGGCGUAGAGUGAACCGAG